AUGCUCAAGAAAAGGAGAAGGAAACACGACACGCAGAAGUGGCUCAGAACUCGUUUCGCCGACUUCAUGAUCUAUGGCAUCAUGAUCAUCUUCAGCCUGUCGUGUUUCUUCCUCAGAUCCGAGCUGGAGAAUUACCUCCUCCGGCUGGGAGUACAAACAGCACUUGUCGAUGGUCUCCCGAGCCAGACGAGCACUGGAGCCUUCAUCAGCAUGAGGGAUGUAACGACCGUCCCGAUCGCUGAGCAAUACCUGAAUGGGCCUUUCGACUACCAGCUCUUCAACCCCAACUCGACACUUCGGAAGUUCUACACCCCUGUGGGUGAUAUGCGCUUCCGGGUGCAAAAGGCAGCUCCAAGAUCCUGUAUGCGCCCAGAUAUGCAGACCUCGCAGUGCCAGAAGGUUGAGGUCUCGUCCAACUUCCCCUUCACUGGCACUCAGCGCACCGAGGACGUCGAUUUCCCCGCCUCAGUUCUGCCGCUCUUGACGCAGCUCAUGAGCUCCAGCAGUGGGAGUCCCGCAAAUUGGAAGACCUCAACGGUGGCCACGGAUGAGAUCUGGGGAGUCAUCGGGGCCCUGUACAGCAGCGCUGGAUACCAGUUCUGGUUCCCCAUCAACCCAGUGGAUAUCAGCAAUAUCACCACAAAGAUGGGUGAGAUUGCCUCUUGGCCGCACUGGCUCACCGCUGAUACGCGCUUCCUAGCAGUUGAGUUCACUCUGGCCAACUACCAUGCAGGGGGCUACGUCUCCUGCGCCCUGGUCUUGGAGAUCUCUCCCAGCGGGGCCUGCAACAUGAUGGCUGUUCUACUCCCAUUUCAUUUGGCCAAGACCGGGGGCGACUUCACCGCGGACGUGCUGGACAUUUUCCGAUGGAUUAUCAUCGUGGGGUUCUUUUGCCUGUACAAAGUGUGGCGCUCCUGUGAGGACUACACCAUCGAGGGCCUUUCCGGCCUCAAGUAUGUCCUUUCUCUGGCCGGCGUCUUGGAUGCUGCGGUGGUGGCCCUCUUCAUCGCUCUCCAGUAUGGGAAGUUGAACAAGCAGAAGCCAGUGGAGCCGAUGAGCAGCAGCAACACGCUGGACUUUGUCUCCUACAGCCGAUGGGCAGCGUGGGAGGAAAUGCAGGGUAUAGCCGAAGCGGUUCUCCUUCUGUUCCUCAUCAUAAGGUACACGAUGCUCAUGCGCUUCUUUCCCAACGUCUAUCGCUUUUUCAUCCUUUUCGGCAAGUCCUUUCGUGUGAGCCUGUAUUACCUUUUGAUCUUCGUGCCCAUUGGUCUCUCCACCAUCUUCUUCGCCAACACCUUGUACAGCCCGUACGUGGAGGGCUACAGCACUUGGGUGAAAUCCCUCAUGAGCUUCGUGUCCGCAUUGCAAAACGUGGUGGACAUCGACUCUUUGUUCGCAGCUAGCCCGGCAUGGACCUUUGCGUACACCAUCUACUGCUACUUAAUCCUCUUCUGCUUCUUUGUAAAUGGCUUUCUCGCCAUCACUGCCUACGCGUACUUUGAAGUGGAGCUCACCGAGCACUCGGACCCCAAGUAUGAGCGCUGGCUGGGGGGAUCCUUGGUUCGCUUCAAUUUGCUGGUGGGUGGCAAGGUAUUGAAGGAUCACGAGCUCUUGCGUCACUGUCUAGACAGCCAAGGCGUUGUUGAGGUUGUUUACCUUUCAAAGUGCAUGGCGACAGCCAUUGGCAAUUCCGUAAGGAUUUGGGACCUCACUUCUGGCGACUGCAGGGAGUUCUCGGCCCAGGGCCAAGUGAGAAAAGUUGCAGUACUUCCUGACCAGAAGCACGUCUUCACAGGAUCCGACGAUGGGACUGCCCGACUUUGGCGCUUGGAAGGAGGUGAAUGCCUUCAGAGGUUGGAGCAUGCAGCACCCGUAAGUGAUCUCUCCUGCUCUCCCACUGGUGGAUUGCUGCUGACCCUCUCGAAUGGCCGGCUGUCGGUUUGGGAGGCCAGCACUGGGCAGCGCCUGUGGCACCUGGACCAUGGCUACGUGCUCCAGGCCUUCUUCCUGCCGGGGAGUGAGGAGUCGGAGUUCCUAAGCGUUUCGGAUGAGACCGUGCGGAUUUGGAGUUUGCAACGUGCAGACCCCAUCACCUUGGAGGGGCACAGUGCCGUGAUCCUCUCGAUUGUUUGCUCCAAGAAUGGUGAGCGGAUUUGCUCGGGCUCCCUGGACAAGACGGUGCGCGUUUGGGACCGGCAGGGCUCAUGUCUUUGGGUUUUGCAUGGCCAUUACGACGCAGUGAGGGCUGUGGCAAUCUCUGAGCGUUGGCUGGCGAGCUCAUCGGGGGUGGCAGCACGCGUUUGGUCUAUGGAAAGUGGCAGCUGUGAUGCCAUCAUCAAUGACCAUGCCGGAUCCAUCAUUUCGAUGCAGUUCAGCAGGGACAGCGGCCUCUUGUUGGUCGCCUUCGGCUGCGGCCGUGAAGUCUUUAACAAUUUUACCUCAAGUGGGGUGAAGGUUUGGUGCACCAGCACCAAGCAAUGCGUGGCUUUUCACAGCACAGGUAGCUUCAUCCUUGGGGCACAUCUCUUGGAUGGUCCGAGCAUCCUCAUUGCCACUGCUGAACGUGUAGAGCUUUGGCAGUCGGAGCAUCGAACUUUGGAUCUCCGCUUUGAGGGCCGCUUGCGGGCAAUUGGACUAUGA